AUGACCCCUCCUCUGGAAAAAACCACUUAUCUAUCCACGAGCCACUCCACGAGGAAGAGGAGGAUGCACCACCUAAGGGGCCCGCUGGAGCAGGAGCUUGCUGUGAAGCUGGCAGGUCCAUCGGUGGGGUUUGGAAAGCAGGGCUUUGUUGGCCGCUGGAUGGUUCGGGAGCGGAACUUCCCUAACGAUCUGAGGAGAGGUUUAGGUACUGUUUCCAAUUUCCCUCGUUGGUACAUUACAGAGGGACUGCUACUUCCGAAUCCGGGAAGUCCUUCUCGAAAGAGUCAUCUAAGGCUUUUCGACUUCAACUUGCCUUUAAGCCGGCCAGGCCAGUCUGCUUCUUCGAGUGAGGACUUGCUCGGCCCAACUCGGUUCUCUCACUACCCGAAAUCCUUAUCUUAUCUAAUCUGGAUCCGGGCAUUUACCUUAAGAUCCAGCGCCUGCAGAAGUAAAGUGAUAGGAGAAGCUGCUGGUGGGAAAUAUCUAUUCAUCACACCCCUCUCACCCGAGCCUCCUGGAAAUAACCUUGGUCUCCAAUCUGCAGAUGAGUGUCUUCCCUCUUAUCCCUUCCCCAUUGUUUGGGUUUAA